GGUCCUCCACCGUCCCAGAGUUCCCUCGCGGGGCGCUGCUCUUGCGUCGCCGCGUCGUCGGUGCCAGGGGCCGGCGGAGGAAGAUGGCGGCGGGGCGGUGAGGGGCGUCGAGAGAGGCCGAGGCGGGCGAGGAGAGAGGCGCCGGCGGCUCUCCGUGCCGGGCCGCCGCUGGUAACGGGCCCUCCAUGGCCGCGGGGCCGGCCCUGGAGCCGCGUCCCCCCCGGGCCUGCUCGGGCCCCGCCGCUCCCAGGCCCCGCCGCGCCGCUGGGGCCUGGCCCCGGCCCGGGCGCCGUCAGGCUUGACCCGCCCCCGCUCCGGGACCCGCCUCAGCGCGCAGGAGGCCGCACCGACCCCGCGCGGGCUCCGCGGCCGCCGCCCGGUCCCCCCGCUGUUGCCGCGCCCGUCCGGGGAAGCCGUCGGGCCUCCCCCCGCCGGGGGAGCAGGGCCCCUCCGCGGCGGCCUUUCCCCUCCCGCGAAGGCGGCGCGGCCCCCCGGCCGCCCCGGGAAGAGUGCCAGCUCGCUCCCCGCCGCAGCGGCCAGGAUGUCCGAGAACCAGCCCAACGCCAACAACCAUCACCCGGCCAACAACACCGGGGGCGGCGGGGCGGCCGGCGCCAACAACCGGGGCGUCCGCAACCCCAACCUCAACCAGAACCCCUUGAUCAACGUGCGCGACCGCCUCUUCCACGCCCUCUUCUUCAAGAUGGCAGUGACCUACGCUCGCCUGUUCCCACCGUCCUUCCGCCGUAUCUUCGAGUUCUUCGUUCUCCUCAAGGCUCUCUUUGUGCUCUUCAUCCUGGCUUACAUUCACAUCGCCUUCUCCCGCUCGCCCAUUAACUGCUUGGAGCAUGUGCGGGAUAAAUGGCCACGUGACGGCAUCUUACGGGUGGAAAUACAGCGCAACUCAAGCCGAGCCCCCAUCUUCUUGCAGUUCUGUGAUGUUGAGAAGUUCCCAGGAAUGGUAGUUGAGUCCACAGCUGAGGAAGAGGAGGAAGAAGAGGAGGAAAUGACUGUGGAUAUGUUUGAAAACAGCUCUAUCAAGUUUGAGCUGGAUAUUGAGCCCAAGGUGUUCCUCAAGCCCUCCCGGAUGAGCAGCACCGAGGCACUGACCCACAACGAAAGCCAGGAGUUCUCGUUUAGUGAAGCAACCACUAAAGGUAUGCAGCCUCUGAGGGAGACUGUGUCCGAGUUUGAGAUGCUAGCCAGAGCAGUGUGGCCUCAGGAAGAGUACAUUGUGGAGUACUCCUUGGAGUAUGGGUUUUUGCGUCUGUCCCAGAGCACUCGGCAGCGCCUCAGCAUCCCAGUCAUGGUGGUAACUUUGGAUCCCACUAGGGACCAGUGCUUUGGGGACAGAUUCAGUCGCCUGUUGCUGGAUGAGUUCCUGGGUUAUGAUGACAUCCUGAUGUCAAGUGUCAAAGCUUUAGCUGAAAAUGAAGAAAACAAAGGUUUCCUUCGCAAUGUGGUGUCUGGGGAGCACUAUCGCUUUGUCAGCAUGUGGAUGGCUAGGACUUCAUACCUUGCAGCCUUUGUCAUCAUGGUCAUAUUUACUCUGUCCGUUUCAAUGCUGUUGCGUUACUCGCACCAUCAGAUCUUUGUCUUCAUUGUUGAUCUGUUACAGAUGCUGGAAAUGAACAUGACAAUUGCAUUCCCUGCAGCUCCCCUGCUCACUGUCAUUCUGGCUUUAGUAGGUAUGGAGGCCAUUAUGUCAGAGUUCUUCAAUGACACCACGACUGCGUUUUACAUCAUCCUUAUUGUAUGGCUGGCUGACCAAUAUGAUGCUAUCUGUUGCCACACCAAUACGAGUAAGAGACACUGGCUCAGGUUUUUCUAUCUGUAUCACUUUGCCUUUUAUGCUUACCACUACCGAUUCAAUGGGCAGUACAGCAGCCUGGCUCUGGUCACCUCGUGGCUGUUCAUCCAGCAUUCGAUGAUCUACUUCUUCCACCACUACGAGCUGCCAGCUAUUCUCCAGCAGAUCAGGAUCCAAGAGAUGCUGCUGCAGAACCAGCAGGUGGGCCAGGGGACUCAGACGACACUCCAAGACAACCUCAACAACAACACUACAGCUGCCCCGGUCGACGUGGGGAGCCGACGACCCCACCUGGCCGCUGGACCCUCUGGGGAGGGCAGCAGCCCCGCUGCGCUGACUCCCAGCGAGGCCUCCGGCGUCAUUGCUGCUGCCACAGCUGCUUCUGUUGGGAGCGAUCUGAACUGGGUAGCUGAGAGAGCCGCCAUCGUUACAGAAGCCUCGUUUCUCUCUGACCUGAGCGCUACCCUCUUGGAGCCGAACGUGGUGCACGAAGCCAUGGCCAACGGGAACCCUCAGGAUGCUGCCGCUGCCUCCGGUUUGGUAGCCCGGAUCAGAGUCAGCAGCGACCAUCCGGAGACUGCUGUGGGCUCCAUCACUAUUGAAGUCACUUCAACCUCUGUGGUUGCUGCAGCAGAUAUUCCCCCUGCUACAGAGGAGGCACCAGCUACGCUCCCUGUCCCAGUACGGGGAGAUGGGGCCUCUGUCCCCAGCCCUUCCCUUCCUGAGCAGACUGAGGCUGCAGAAGGGUCUGGCAGCCAAGCAAAGCCUCGUGGAAAGAACUGCGUUGCAAACAGCAGUGUGGCAGAGACCCCGCCAGCCGUUGUGCGGGAUGCUGAUCUGGACAAACGUUUGGGUCAUGCUCUAGGGGACCAGGGGGAGAGUAACCCUUGCCCAGCACCAGCGGAUAGUACAGCUAGCUCCAAAGCUUGCUCGGAGCCAGACUUGAGGAGCCUGUCUUGAGUCCCUGUUCUUGGCAACUGUGGACUGCCAGGAAGGCAUUUGGAUUUUGUUUGUUGUUAUUUCUCACCUCACCAUCAUCCUUAACCCAUGAAUUCCUCUUAGUGGAGGCAGAGUAGCUGGGACAGAGAAAAGGUGCUGCAGUAAACUCCCCUGAGAAAAGUAAAUGUGCGUUUGUGUAUGAGAAGGGAUGAAUAUGCAUGGGACUGCUAGACUUCUCGCUGCAGGGAGGGAGUGAUGAUAGGUUCACUUUCACAGCCUGCAAGGCCCCUGGGGCCUUGUGCUUUCCUGAACUUGCUGGCAAGCAGGGCGGCUGGAUUAGCCCUGGAGUCAGCUUAGUGUUACAACUUUUCUUUGUCCCUCACAGCAGCCUCAGCUUUGCCCUUCAGGUUGCGUUUGCAGUCCUGGUAGUGCUCACAAGUGCGAGCUGACUUGUGACAAACCAUGCCUGCGUACAGCAACUUUCCGGUUAGAAAAGCUGCUGCAUAGGAAUGAAGAGCAUUUUCAGACAUCCGUGAGAGAGCCACAGAAGGCAGAAAGAGUAGCUUAAAACCUUCCUCCCAACAUUAGACCUACUCGCAUCAGAGCAAAGCUGGGCAAUUACCAAAGUAGAGCUGCAGUUCACCCACCUCUUUUCUGCCCUUAAACUUCAUUAGUCACUGGGUUUGGGGGUUAGAAGCUGCCAUGCCCAAGUUAGAGCUUGCAUGCUAGGGCGGAUGCAUUUGGCUGGGCCUGGGAGCAGUGGGGGUUCAUGUUCUGGUCAGGCCUGGAGGAAUGCUGUCCUUUCUGCUGCUGGUGACAUCUGCAAGGGCUCUGUGAAUUUGGCUGCUCUUAAAUACGUGUGGCCAGCAUAAGGUGGGAGCUUCUGCCACAGGCAAAUGGCCUCAAAUAAUAUCUACUUGGAACUGAUCUGCAGCUUCGUUUUCUUCAGAGAUGUUUCGGAUGAGGAGGACAGCAGCUCUGUCUCUGUACAACUCUGCUUUCGGCACCUGCAGCUGUAGGUGGAAUAGUUUGCUUUUCAGUGCCUUGUUCCUUAAAUGGGACAUGUUUGCGUUCUAAGAUCAGCUCCAUCCCUGAGGAGAGAUCAGCUAUUCGUGAGGCUGAACCGUUGUGUGAGAUGGCAUAGCGAAGAACCAAAACACUAAAGCCAAGACACUUCAACUAAUUUUCCCUCUCUUUCCUGGCAGAAGAGGUGAAGCUGGCUUUGAGACUCGUGUCCAACCCCGGGACAAUACAGCUGGCUGGGUAUCACAGGGCUGAAUUAGGGGUUUGGGACAGGGAUCAGCUACCCCCGAGGGUGGGUUGGACCCACGUGUGUAUGACUGGAAGGAGGGUUUACACUUGUAGGCAGGGCAGAGCUCUUGUGAAUGGAGCAACAGGAGAGACUCAUGUCUGCGGGGCUCUGAGAAAAGGCGCUUACGGAAAUACGUGGUGAAAAGGGCAGUGCUGGGAGGAGGUGGCUGGGGGCACUUAACUUGCUUUUUGCAGAGGAGCAAGGGAGCUUGCUGUGAAAGCAUCCCUGAAUUUCAGCCUCCUCCUGCACAGCUAAGCAGCAUCUGUGCGAGUCCACGGGUCUCUCCCUUUGGAGGGGGGUGUAUUUUUCUGUGGAAAUUUCCCUUGUCAGUACCAAAGGGGUUCAGAACCCCACACUUCACUUUCUUUGCAUUUCUUGCCCAGGAAACCCCUUGUUCUGUUUUUAGGAGCCCUGGGUGUUGCCCUGGGGAAAUAGGGGGGAUCUGCUAGUGACCAGCAUGUCUGAACCUGCAACCAGCCAUCCUGGGAGGAAGCCGGGGGUGGCCGAACGAGGCUCGGGGGUGACCUGGCUCCCUGCCUCCAGGCAUCGAUGUGCCAGAGCACAAGAGAGCAAGAAAUAAUCAUAGGCUUUUAAGAGGAGCGGGUGGGUGGGAGGGAGAGAGGGGGGGGAAAUGAACCAAAUCAUUUGCUGAAUGAAGAGUAGAGAUCACUCUAUUUAAUUAAUGUACAAAAUGUGUUUGUAUAUAAUAAUAAAUAUUAUAUCUAACA